AAAGCUUAAACAUUUACCAUAUUGUAAUUCUUACACUCAUCAAUAAAAAUCGGAUCCAAGAGAGAAAUAUAUACCGGGAAAGGUAAUACAUAGGCCGAUUGUAAGACGACGAUGAAAACGAGCGUUUUCAGCCGGAGGAUGACACGGCAGGGCACAAUCUCCGCCGUUAACAUCAAACUCUUCUUCUGCUGUUGCUUCUUACUAGCCCUAAUUGCGCUUACCUGUCUUCUUGGAUCCUAUACAACAUGGAAUAUACACUCACCUUCUCCAUUUCCUCAUUCGUCAUUUCACAGGUAAGGCUACACUAUUUUGAUCAACACAUGGAAGAGAAAUGAUCUUCUUAUGCAAUCUAUCUCCCACUAUUCUUCUUGCCCUAGUCUUUCUUCAAUACACAUUGUGUGGAGUGAUCCUAACAACCCUCCAUCAUCGCUUAUAGAGUUCCUCAACGAAGUUGUGCAUUCGCGGUUGACAUAUGGUCAGCAAAUUGAGCUCAAAUUCGACUUCAAUAGUGAAGACUCUUUGAAUAAUAGGUUCAAGGAGCUCAAUGAAUUUGAAAAUGAUGCUAUAUUUUCAAUUGAUGAUGAUGUCAUACUUCCUUGUUCUUCUGUGGAGUUUGCUUUCACGGUUUGGAAAAGCGCGCCUGAUACAAUGGUGGGAUUUGUACCCCGUGCCCAUUUGGUUGAUAACUUGAAAGGCGAGGGACAAAAGUACAUGUAUGGAGGGUGGUGGCCAGUGUGGUGGAUGGGAACCUACAGUAUGGUUCUUUCAAAAUCUGCUUUUUUUCACAAGAAGUAUCUUAGUUUGUAUACCAAUCAAAUGCCAGCAUCAAUUAGAAACUAUGUGACUAAAAACAGGAAUUGUGAAGAUAUUGCCAUGUCCUUCCUUGUUGCCAAUGAGACCAAUGCUCCUCCUAUAUGGGCACAAGGAAAAAUUUUUGAGAUUGGUUCAAGUGGAAUUAGUAGCUUAGGAAGUCACAAUCAGAAAAGGGCAGAAUGUGUGAAUAGAUUUGUUGCUGAGUUUGGAAGAAUGCCAUUGGUAACCACUUCUGUUAAAGCUAUAGAUAGUCGUCAUAGCUGGUUUUGGUGAAGAAAAUGAGAUCUUUACAUUACUUAUUUUAACACUACGUGUAAAAUAGGCUUGUGCCACUAAAACUUUCAUUGUCCAUAGUCACUAGUUUUUUUCCUUUUCGGGCUUCUCAUUUGGGCGACGGCCUCCAUCGCCUAUGGAUGUAAAUGUGCAACAAAAGUUUAUAAUGUGUAGCUCAACAUACUUUCGUGG